UUUAACACGAACAGCAAACGGAUUAUAACGGAAUACGACGCCAAGUAAAGCGGAAGCAACUCAUACACACACACCUUCAACAACAAAACUUCAAAAGGAUAAAAUUAUGAAGUUACUGCAAAUCGGUCUACCGGUGCUAUUGAUUUUGCUACUCUUCGCCGACAAUACGCUUGCCAAAAGGCGAAGGAACGAUAAUUCGAAUACUGAAGAGAAUGAAUACGAUGUUCAUCAUCACAAUUAUGACGAGCAAGAAAUUUAUACAUCUAGUAAAGAUUUAAAUGCCCAAGAAUCUGGCAAGAUAGAGGUUAAGGUUCAUCCUGACUCAAAUGCCAAUGCACCACGAGGUAAACGUGGUUCACAAAGGUUUCGACAAACAGCUUUAAUUAAACCUGUAAAUCGUCGCAAAAAACAUGUUAUUCUAAAGUUGCAACCGCGACAUAAAAGACCUGUACAUAACCAGGUCUCCGAGAAUAUUAAGAAUAUUCAAAACUCGCCCAGUGAAGAGGUAAAAGUAUAUCAUACCUUUGAAGAGACUCACGAACAUAUCGAAGAGAAAGAAGAAACUCCUGCAGAUAAAAAUGAAAAAACGGCCGACAGUCAAACAGCUGAAUCCACAGAACAACUAGAAUUUCAAGCUGAACAGAAAUUUAAUGAACCCAUAACGGAAGAAACACAAAAUUUUCACUCAGAAGAGGAAAAACAUAAGAAAGUCAAGGUAAAACAUCAUCACCACCAUCAUCAUCAUAAUCAUGUUAAAGAAAUCAUCAAGAAAGUACCGGAACCAUAUCCAGUGGAGAAGAUCGUUCAUGUUCCCGUAGAAAAGAUUAUCGAAAAAAUUGUACAUGUGCCAAAGCCAUAUCCUGUUGAGAAAAUCAUUAAAGUUCCAGUAGAAAAACUAAUACAUGUACCCAAACCAUAUUCGGUUGAGAAGAUAGUGGAGAAAAAAGUACCCUACCCGGUAGAGAAAAUAGUUGAGAAAAUUGUUGAGAAAAAGGUACCGUAUCCAGUAGAAAAAAUCGUUCAUGUACCGGUGGAAAAGAUUGUCGAGAAAAUUGUUCAUAUUCCCAAACCAUAUCCGGUUGAAAAAAUUGUGGAGAAGAUUGUACAUGUGCCGGUUGAAAAGAUUGUUGAGAAGAAGGUUCCUUACCCAGUGGAAAAAAGAGUACCAUAUCCAGUUGAAAAAAUAGUCCAUGUUCCAGUAGAGAAAAUAGUAGAAAAAAUUGUUCAUGUUCCGAAACCGUAUCCAGUGGAAAAGAUAGUAAAUCAAGUUGUUGCCGUACCAAGACCAUAUCCUGUGGUACAACGUGUUCCUUAUCCCGUGGAAGUUAAGGUACCUAUUCACGUUGAAAAGAAAGUUCCGGUUUAUAUACAGUCAAAAGACGCAAGUGAGAAACACGUCGAUGACGACUUUGCAGAUCAUGAACAUAAAGGUUACGAGCACAACCACGAAAUAGAGCAUUACAAUCAUCAUGCUCAUGACUUGUCUGUUUUUCCAUCAAAUCACAAGCCCAGAGUGACCAGUCAUCAAAAAAAUGAACCCCAAAAACAAUCAUCAGCUAUACGCGCGGAAUUGUUACAGCAACAAAUUCAUAAUUUUGGUUACAAAAAACAACAAGAACAACAGCAGCAGCAACAAUUGCAAAACCAACAAAUUCAACAUCAACAGCAGCAGAAAAUUCAGCAACAACAACAAGAAAUUAAACAUCAACAGCAACAACUACAGCAAGAACAACAGCAUCAUCAUCAAGUACAACAUCAAUUGCAGCAACAACAGAGUUCUUUAUCGGUAUCUCAUGAACUCUGCCACCAAGAAAGCCGCAACCAAGAAGUGGCAGUUCCGCCCAAAACAAAUCCAAAAUUCCAAAUAAAUGUUCCAGAUGUUGAACCUGCUGCUAGCGAGACAGUAUCUGUAUCGGUACCGUAUUCGGAUAUGCAAACGCAAGCGUCGACCAAUUCCUACCAAGUUGUGUCGCCGUUACAACCAAUUGCGUUGCCUCUUCAGUUCUUCCAAUAUCAUCAUAUGCCCUUUCAACAACCACUCGGUUUCUCUUUAGCAGCGCCUGACAAUUAAGCCUUCAGAAUAAUGAACAU